CUUGAUCGUAGUUGACAUAAAAUAUAAUUUUUGUUACGGUUCCCAUAUUCCAGUUCAUAUCCAUGAAAACUGUUCGCAUAUGUGAGACAUAGUUUGGUGUUUUCAACUAUGAAAAGGUGAUAUUGAAAAGUGAAAGGCUCUGAAUUGAGGUAAAAACAACUGUGGUUAUGUCUCCACGAACGGGUUCUCGUCACAGCGGGGAGAGCGUGUUUCCAAACACGCUUUACCGGGAGCAGAGGUCAAAUUUGACGGAUGAGAUGAUGGAGCGUCGUUCGCCUAGACAACCGUCCGUACCCACCGGGCCUCACCACCGGGAGGUCUACCUUUUCGUGUUGUUGGUGAUUAUUUUCAGCAGCUUUUUGCAACCAGUUGCAGCUCAACUCUGUCCUGGCGUGAGUGCAGUUCGUCAGACGGCGUGUGCAGAUGGAGAGUGCACCUUAUCUGCUUGGGUCUGUGAUAACCUUAAUGACUGUUCAGAUAUGUCAGAUGAGUCUGACGCGACGUGUGGAAGAAACGGAGCCUCAGUCUGUGAUUCCUCACCAUGUAUGAACGGGGGAGCCUGUACACAGAUUGGUCCCAUCAUAGAUGUCCAAGUUGCUGUCUUUAACUGCACCUGCCUACCGCCUUAUAGCGGCCCUACCUGUGCCGAUUUACCCAACACUACACCAGUAUUGUCAUCAUCCACCGAAUUAUUGCCAACAAUGGAAACAACGAACACAACAAACAGUCCCACAACCAAACUUCCUACGCAAGCAGUUACUACAGCAGUGCGGACUGAAGCACCUUCUACAGUUAUUGUUGUUACUACAGAGGUACCCAUCACAACCCAGACUCCCCUUGUAACAACUUCACAGGCACCCAUUACUACCCAAACACCACUUGUUACAACAGUACAAGUACCCAUCACAACCCAGCAGACGGUGGUUCCAACAACACAAGCACCGAUCACAACCCAGACACCGCUGGUUACAACAUCAGAGGUGCCCAUCACAACCCAGCAGUCGAUGGCUCCAACAACACAGGCACCGAUCACAACCCAGACACCGCUGGUUACAACAUCAGAGGUGCCCAUCACAACCCAGCAGUCGAUGGCUCCAACAACACAGGCACCCAUUACAACCCAAACACCGCUUGCUACAACAGCAGAGGUACCUGUCACUACCCAGCCAUUAUCCACCACAAGCAUUUCUACAGAAAGGCGGACCCCGUCUGUACCACCACAAACUACAGAGACAGUUGUGCCUUUAACCACGGAGGCAUCACUGGCAACCGAGUCUACUGAUGUUGACUUUUGCGCCCCUAACCCUUGUGAAAAUGGUGCAACUUGUACAGUCACAACUGGUGGUUUCACUUGCCUCUGUCCUGCAGGCUUUGAAGGUCCAACAUGUUCUGGAGUUGUUAGUAGACCAUGUUCCAGUAAUCCGUGUGUUAACGGAGCCGUCUGCCUUGCUCAACCAAACGGGUACCAGUGUGUUUGCGCACCCGGUUUCUCAGGUUCUAAUUGUGAGACAGAUUUGAGGAUGUGUCCGUGCGAAAAUGGCGCAACAUGCAUCGUUGAGAAUGGACAGUAUAGGUGUGACUGUGCAGCUGGAUUUGAAGGAACCAACUGCUCGUCAAACAUCAAUGAGUGCGCCAGCAAUCCCUGCGCAGCUACUGCCACCUGCGAGGACCUAGUGGAUAGCUACAACUGUGCCUGUCCGAUUGGAUUCUUUGGACCCACCUGUUCGGAGGAGCUCAAUGAGUGCGGGUCGGCGCCUUGUAUGAACGGAGCGACGUGUGUGGAGGGGGUCGGGGGAUACGUCUGCCAGUGUGUCCUGGGUUUUACUGGAGUGACGUGUGGGGUAGACACUGAUGAAUGCCAGAGCAGUCCCUGUCAGAACACUGGUGAAUGCAUGGAUGGCAUCAACGGAUAUUCUUGCAACUGUCCAGCCGGCUUCAGCGGAGCUAAUUGCCAGAUUGAUGGGGAUCAGUGCGCGAGUAAUCCCUGCAUUAAUGGCGGAACGUGUCAGGAACUAGUCAAGGCCUACCGAUGCAUCUGUCCUCUGGGGCUGGCUGGGUUAAGAUGUGACGCAGAUUUGAUAAAUGAGUGCUCAAGUCGGCCCUGUGUCAAUGGGGGUGUUUGUGUGAAUGGCAUUGGUCAGUACAGCUGCAUCUGUCAAGAAGGAUGGUUUGGUACCAACUGCCAAGAUGAUGGGGACCAGUGUGCCUCCGGCCCCUGCCUGAACAACGCAACCUGUAUCGAUGGCAUUAUGUCUUACACCUGCGACUGUGUACCAGGAUUCAAUGGUAUGACCUGUGAACAAGACCUUAACGAGUGUCUGAGCAGUCCCUGCCAUCAGUCAGCAACUUGCCUGGAUCUCAUCAACAGAUACCAAUGUGUGUGCCCGGCUGGCUUCACAGGGGAAGCCUGUAACGUCAAUAUCGACGAAUGCUCAAGUUUUCCCUGUUUGAACGGGGGGAUCUGUACGCAGGGCCUGAACAUUUUCACUUGUGCCUGUCUGCCUGGAUUCACGGGAACCACUUGCGGGAUUGACAUCAACGAGUGUGGAAGUAAUCCCUGCGGUGUAAACGCCGAUUGCAUCGACAUGGUAAACCUUUACCAGUGUGAUUGUCAUCCAGGGUAUGAAGGAGAGCUAUGUGAUGUAAACAUCAAUGAAUGCUUGAGUAAUCCCUGUAUGAACGGAGCAACGUGCCAAGACGUGGUUGCUGGAUUCGUGUGUUUAUGCACGGCUGGUUUGACCGGUACUCUCUGCGGCUCGGACGUCAGUGAGUGUCAAAGUUCACCCUGCGGAAGUCAAGGCGUCUGCAACGAGCUGAUUAAUGGCUACACCUGUACUUGUGAUCCAGGGUAUAUUGGGACUCGAUGCGAGAUCAAUGUUGAUGAAUGCGCCAGCCAGCCGUGUCAGAAUGGUGGCCAGUGUGAGAAUCUUGUCAACAUGUUUCGCUGUGUCUGUCAGGCUGGAUACCGGGGAACCUUCUGUGAGCAGAACAUUCCGGAGUGCGUCAGCGACCCGUGCCGGAAUGGAGGAACUUGCAUUGAUGGAGUGAACUCGUACAUCUGCGAUUGCGUCUUAGGUUACAGCGGAAGAAACUGCGAGAUGGAGACCGAUGAGUGCGAGAGCAACCCUUGUCAGAACGGAGCCACCUGCGAGGAUCUGCUCAAUGAAUUCCGCUGUCAGUGCAUUCUUGGCUUUCUUGGAACGCUUUGUGAGAUCAAUCAGAACGAAUGUGAAAGCUCCCCGUGUCAGAACAAUGCCGAGUGCACUGAUGAAGUGGGGCGCUAUUCGUGCGUUUGCGUUGACGGAUUCGCGGGGAUUAACUGCGAGAGUGAGAUCAGAGAAUGUGCCAGUCUACCAUGUUUCAACGGGGGUACUUGCGUUGAACAGGUCAAUGCGUACAGCUGUGCUUGCCGGCGAGGCUUCACUGGUGUAAACUGUGGACAGGACAUCGACGAGUGUGCCAGCCAGCCUUGUCUCUCUGGAGGUGUUUGUACACAAGGGGUUGGAUUCUUCACCUGUGCAUGUGAACUAGGCUUCCGUGGGGCCCGAUGCGAAAUCAAUAUAGAUGAAUGCGAGAGCAGUCCCUGUGCAAAUGGAGCCGGAUGUGUGGACGGGAUUAAUGGCUAUACCUGUGCCUGCCUGCCUGGAUUCCAAGGUGAGAUGUGUCAAGUUAAUAUUAAUGAAUGCCUCAGUAAUCCGUGUCUAAAUGGAGGGGUCUGUGAGGACGCCGCAAACAGCUACAUCUGUAACUGUGACGGCGGCUUCACAGGCAGUCGGUGUGAUGUCGACAUAGAUGAGUGUGGUAGUGGACCCUGUCAGAACGGGGCUGUCUGCUUGGAUGACGUCAACGGUUAUGAGUGCCUUUGUCAACCGGGAUACUUCGGCAUGGAAUGUGAAAUCGAGAUUCUAGAGUGUGCUAGUGAUCCCUGCCAGAACGGUGGCAACUGCACUGAUUUCAUUAACUCAUAUACCUGCACCUGCGCGAAUGGCUAUGAAGGUGUUAACUGUGAGAGGGAAGUAGAUGAGUGUUUAAGCUCACCCUGUCUAAACUCUGCAAACUGUCAGGAUAGAUUCUUGGGAUUUAUCUGUGUUUGUCUGUCCGGGUAUGAGGGCACUCUUUGUCAGGUGGAAGUGGACGAAUGCAGUAGUAAUCCGUGUCAGAAUGGAGCAGUGUGCACAGAUCUCUUUGAUCGUUACAUCUGCCAGUGUCCUGUUGGCUAUUCAGGCGUCAACUGUCAGAUCAAUGUGGACGAAUGUGAGAGUAACCCAUGUGUCAAUGGCCAAUGCACUGAUCUGGUAAACGGUUACCGGUGUGACUGCAGGGCAGGUUUUGUGGGGAUCCGUUGUGAGAAUGAAGUCGACGAGUGUCUCAGUAACCCAUGUUUGAAUAAUGCAGUCUGUUUGAACCUGAUCAACCGAUUCUCUUGUCAGUGCCUGAUGGGAUGGGAAGGCACAUUCUGUGAGAAUGAUAUCGAUGAAUGUGCAAGCAACCCCUGUCAGAAUGGAGCUCCGUGUACUCAGGCUAUCGGAGGGUACACCUGCGCUUGUCCAGCUGGCUUCGAAGGUGUCAACUGCGAGACCGAUACCAAUGAAUGCGCAAGUAACCCUUGCUUGAACCAAGCCACUUGUACCAACCUCCUUGACAGAUAUUUGUGUUCUUGUCUUGCUGGGUAUGUGGGUACAAACUGUGAGCAGGAGAUAAAUGAGUGCUUAAGUAGUCCUUGUGAGAACGGGGCUGAGUGCCAGGACAGGCCCAACAGCUUCCUAUGUGUAUGCAAUCCUGGAUUCAUCGGUGUCCGCUGUGAGACCAACAUUCAGGAGUGUCUCAGCAGCCCCUGCCUGAAUGGUGCCGAGUGCGUAGAUGGUGUCAACAGUUAUUCAUGUGUUUGUAUCCCUGGGUAUAGUGGAAUCAACUGCGAGGUGGAUACGGACGAAUGUGCCAGCACGCCAUGCCAGAAUCAAGCGAUUUGUCGUGACUUGGUGAACCGUUACCAGUGCAUGUGUAGCGCGGGGUUCCAGGGAACGCUCUGCGAGAUCAACAUCAACGAGUGCGCGAGCAACCCUUGUUUGAAUGGAGCGACUUGUAGAGAUGGUGUAAACAGCUUUACUUGUGAUUGUCAGCUGGGUUUUGAUGGAGUUCUUUGCCAAACAGAUAUCGACGAAUGUCAAGUACAGCCUUGCUUUAACGGUGCGCAGUGUACUGAUAAAGUCAACAGCUUCAGCUGUACUUGUUUGUCCGGUUUUGAAGGCGCAACUUGUGGGAUAGACAUCAAUGAAUGCGCAAGUAGCCCCUGUCUUAACAAUGCUGCAUGCCAGAAUCUUGUGGAUGGUUUUAGAUGUGUCUGUGUGGAGGGAUAUGAGGGGCUGAGAUGUGGACUGGAUACUUUAGAGUGUGCCAGUAACCCCUGUCAAAAUGGUGGUACAUGUGGAGAUCGUGUCAAUGGCUACGUCUGUGAAUGCCUGCUGGGUUUCACUGGUACCCAUUGUGACAUCGACAUUGAUGAGUGUGCGAGUUUGCCGUGUACCAACGGCAACUGUCAAGAUUUCGUCAACGGCUUCACCUGCAUUUGUCCAGUGGGAUUCCAGGGGUCGGAGUGUGGGCAGGAUAUCCAUGAAUGUGACAGCGGUCCCUGCAUGAAUAAUGCCAACUGCCUGGACCAGGUGGGAAGCUACAUAUGUGUGUGCCAGCCAGGCUAUGAAGGUGUCCACUGUGAACUGGACAUCGACGAAUGCUCCAGCAACCCAUGCUUGAAUGAGGCUCAGUGCGUCAAUCAACUCAAUCAGUUUUCAUGCUUGUGUCCUGACGGCUUCAACGGGACCCUUUGUGAGCUUGAUAUAAACGAAUGUUUCAGCAAUCCUUGCCAGAAUGGCGCCAUCUGUUCAAAUCUUGUUAACCGCUACCAGUGUGAUUGCAACUUGGGUUAUCAGGGUACAAACUGCGAGUUUGAAGUGGACGAAUGCCUGAGUAAUCCUUGUCGUAACGGCGCUACCUGCGUGGAUGAGAUCAACCGCUUUUCAUGUCUCUGCGUCAACGGCUUCGGAGGGAUAGUCUGCGAUCAAGACAUCAACGAAUGCUUGAGUAACCCAUGUCUGAAUGGUGCCGAGUGUGUAGACCAGCUAGCAGGGUACCGAUGUAAUUGUGCAGAAGGAUUCGUCGGGACCACGUGUAAUGUUGAGAUUAACGAAUGCUCCAGUAACCCAUGUGAGAAUGGAGCAACCUGCGAGAAUCUAAUUGCGAGCUACAGGUGUCUGUGUGUUCUAGGGUUCGUCGGGGACAAUUGUGAGACGGAUAUUUUGGAAUGCGGCAGCUCACCUUGCCAGAAUAGGGCGACUUGUAUGGAUGGUGUCAACAGCUACCAGUGUAUGUGCAGUCAAGGUUUCACGGGAACUCACUGUGAAGUGGAGAUCAAUGAAUGUGACAGCUCUCCAUGUGUUAACGGUGCGGCUUGCACCGACCUGGUAGCCGGUUACCAGUGUCAAUGCCUUCCAGGGUACCAGGGACAGCGGUGUGAGGUGAAUAUCGAUGAGUGCGCAAGCAACCCCUGCCAGAGCGGCGCUGAAUGCCGCGAUCAGGUAAACGCGUUUGUGUGCGUUUGUCUACCUGGGUUUGAAGGUAAGCUUUGUCAGACCGAUAUUAACGAAUGCAGUAGCAGUCCAUGCAUGAACGGAGCUCGCUGUGUAGACUUAACCAAUGCUUACAUGUGUGAAUGUGCAAACGGCUUUAACGGUAGUAAUUGUGCAGUUGAGUUAGAUGAGUGUCUGAGUAACCCGUGUGCUAAUGGCGCUAUCUGCAUCGAUAAAGUCGCUGGAUAUAAUUGCUCUUGUCUGCUUGGUUUCACCGGAACUCAUUGUGAGCAAGAAAUUUUAGAAUGUGCGAGUGAUCCAUGCUUAAACCAAGCGACGUGCGUUGAAGACAUUAACAGAUACACUUGCUUGUGUUCGGAUGGGUACCUCGGCAUUCUUUGUGAAACUGACAUCAAUGAGUGUGAAUCCAAUCCAUGUUUUAACGGCGCUACAUGCCGUGAUGGCAUCAACAUGUACGUAUGCUCCUGCAUUGCCGGAUUCCAAGGUGAUAACUGCGAAAUUGAUAUAAACGAGUGCGCGAGUAAUCCGUGCCAGAAUUCUGCAACUUGUGCUGAUUUGCUCAACAUGUUCGCGUGCGAAUGUGUAGCUGGCUUUAGCGGUGUACUUUGCGCAACGAACAUCAACGAAUGUGCGAGUAAUCCAUGUGUGAAUGGUGCCCAGUGUGUGGACCAGAUCAACGCCUUUUCCUGUACAUGUGCGAGUGGCUUUGUCGGAGAUCGUUGCCAGAUUGACUUUGAUGAGUGCCAGAGUGACCCAUGCCAGAACGGCGCAUUGUGUCAAGAUGCACUCGAUGGAUACAGCUGCCAGUGUGUUGCUGGUUUCACUGGUACCCACUGUGAGAUCAAUAUCCUGGAAUGCCUCAGUACACCGUGUCAGAACGGAGCAGCGUGUGUGGACUUAGUGAAUGGUUACCGAUGUGACUGCAUACCAGGCUACACAGGUAAUACAUGCGAGACAGACACUAACGAAUGUGAGAGUACACCGUGCGUUAACGGAGCGACAUGCCAAGAUUUAGUCGACCAAUACCGAUGCGUGUGUCCACCUGGUUACCAUGGUAACAGGUGUGAGACUGACACGUUUGAGUGCGAGAGCAAUCCUUGCCUGAACUCGGCCACCUGCGUUGACGUCAUCGCCGGGUAUACCUGCAUUUGCGUUAUCGGUUAUACAGGGGUUCACUGUGAGACAGAGAUCAGGGAAUGUUCGAGCGACCCGUGUUUGAAUCAAGCAACGUGUGUGGACGAGAUUGGGAGCUAUACCUGCCUUUGUCCGAUCGGUUUCGAUGGCACCCGCUGUGAGAAUAACAUUGAUGAGUGUGCCUCGGACCCGUGCUUGAAUAAUGGAACAUGCCAAGAUGGCGUCAAUAUGUACACCUGUCUUUGUCUGUUGGGCUUUGAAGGGGUGAACUGCGACGUGAAUAUCGAUGAAUGUAGCAGUAGCCCAUGUCAGAAUUCCGCAACAUGUAUGGAUUUGGUGAACAGAUUUGAGUGUGUCUGCGUUCCAGGCUAUCAGGGGGUAUUCUGCGAGACCGAGAUCAAAGAAUGUGACAGCGACCCUUGCUUGAACAGUGCCCGCUGCGUUGACCAACUCGACGCCUUCUUCUGCAGCUGCGUUCCAGGUUUCACCGGUGAGCGCUGCGAGAUUCCUGUCGAUGAGUGCGAGAGCGAUCCAUGCCAGAACAAUGCAACCUGCCAGGACGUCUUCAACGGCUUCUUGUGCAACUGCCCACCAGGGUUCUCUGGGCAUGUGUGCCAGGUCGAUAAUCCAGAAUGCGUCAGUGACCCUUGUUUGAACGGAGCGACCUGCGUAGAUAUGAUCAACAGGUACCGGUGCGACUGUCUGGCCGGUUACACAGGUGGUAGCUGUCAGAUCAACUUUGAUGAAUGUGGAUCCAACCCUUGCCAGAAUGGAGCAGUGUGCCAAGAUGGCGUCAACCAGUACGAAUGCGUGUGCCUUGCGGGAUACAGUGGUGUCAAUUGUGAGCUCGAUACGAACGAAUGUCUCAGCACACCGUGUAUGAAUGGUGCAUUGUGUAGGGACUUCUUGAAUGGGUACCAGUGUACCUGCGUGAUCGGUUUCACCGGUACACAUUGUGAAAUCAAUGUGGACGAUUGCGUGGACGUUGUCUGCCUCAACGGCGCUAUGUGCAUGGAUGGCGUCAACACCUAUACAUGCGUCUGCUCGCCAGGAUUCACCGGUGUCCUGUGCAAUGAGGAGAUUAACGAGUGCGAUUCCAACCCGUGUCUGAACCAGGGAACGUGCACCGAUCAGCUGGCAGGCUUUCAGUGUGCCUGCCUGACCGGGUUUGUUGGAACGAGAUGUGAAAUCAACUUUGAUGAGUGUGGGAGUAACCCCUGUAUAAAUGGAGGUGUUUGUAUUGAUCUGCUGAAUGCGUUCCGCUGUGAAUGCCUAGAGGGUUUCAAUGGAAUACUCUGCGAGAUAGACGGGGACCAGUGCAUCCCCGAUCCGUGUCUGAACGGAGCAACUUGCGUCGACCUUGUCAAGGCUUACAGAUGUGACUGCACAGCCGAGUUCAGUGGGGUAAACUGUGAGAUUGACACCAUUAACCAGUGCAGCAGUAAUCCAUGUCUCAAUGGAGGAACGUGCCAGAACCUAGCCGGUGCGUACCAGUGUCUGUGCCUCCCAGAGUGGUUUGGUGACAACUGCCAAUCAGACGGUGAUCAGUGCCAAUCCAACCCGUGUCAAAAUGGUGCAACGUGUAUGGAUGGGGUGCAGAGGUUCACAUGCAUGUGUGCUCCUGGUUUUGAGGGUCCUCAAUGCCUCGCCAAUAUUGAUGAAUGCCUCAGCAAUCCGUGCGUUAACGGAGCAGCUUGUGCAGAUGGAGUAAACGCCUACACCUGCACGUGUGCACCGGGGUACACGGGCACCAACUGCGACUCGGAACUCUUCGAGUGCGCCAGUAACCCGUGCAUGAACGGCGCCCUGUGUGUGGACAUGGUUGGCAGGUAUCAGUGUAACUGCGCCAGUGGAUUCACCGGUGCCCACUGUGAGAAUAACAUUAAUGACUGCGUGACGAAUCUGUGUGAAUUUGGUGCAAUCUGUAUCGAUGGAGUGAAUGGAUACACUUGUCAGUGUUCUCAGGGCUUUGAGGGACUCUUCUGCCAGAAUAACAUCAAUGAAUGUGCCAACGACCCAUGCCAGAACGGGGCUGCGUGUUUGGAUCUAUUUGGUAGUUUCCGCUGUCAGUGCCCCCCAGGGUUUGAAGGACAAACUUGCGCAAGUGAUAUCGACGAAUGCGCAAGCAAUCCGUGCCAGAAUGGCGCUGUUUGCCGGAACGCGUUAAACAGCUUCAUGUGCGAAUGCCCGUCCGGAUACACGGGAACGUUCUGCGAUGAGAACAUCGACGAGUGUGCCAGCAACCCUUGCCUGCAUUUUGGCACGUGUACUGACCAAGUCAACGGUUACAGCUGUCAGUGUGUUGUGGGUUACCAGGGAAACCGGUGUCAGACGGACAUCCAAGAGUGCGCGAGUAAUCCAUGUAUGAAUAAUGCAGUGUGUGUGGAUCUCAUUGGUGGAUACCGGUGUGACUGUCAGUCGGGAUUCGCUGGCGUCGACUGUGAGACUGAGAUCAACGAAUGUGUCAGCACUCCUUGCCGAAAUGGUGGUUUUUGUCAAGACCAAAUCAAUGGCUACCGCUGCAUCUGUCCAGUGAACUUUGCCGGUCUGACCUGUGACGUCUUCCUGGACGCUUGCUCGUCCAACCCUUGUAAGAACGGCGGGUUCUGCCAGAACACCGGCGACGGUCUGUUCCGUUGUUCCUGCACCACGGGAUUCACCAGCAUACAGUGCGAACAGGAGAUCAUUGAGUGCCAGAGUCAGCCGUGUACUAAUGGCGGAUUUUGUAAUGAUGUGGUGAAUGGCGUCCAGUGCCUUUGCGGAACAGGUUACCAAGGAAGCUUCUGUCAGUUUGAGAAGAAUGAGUGCCUCUCCAAUCCAUGCCUGAAUAACGGCAUCUGUAAUCCCGUCCUGAACGGAUACACCUGUACGUGUCCAUCAGAGUGGGGCGGCUGGCACUGCGAGAUCCCCUCCAACUGUGACGUCAAUCGAUGUCUGAACGGGGCCGUGUGCAGAAAGGUACAGGGAGAGGUGGAGAGCCCGACCUGUACAUGUCUGGAUGGAUUCGCUGGGGAGUUUUGCGACAUCAACAUCAAUGAGUGUAUCGGGAACCCAUGCGGACCUCAAGGAACGUGUGUGGAUAAAAUGAAUGGAUUUAGUUGUAACUGUGAAUUCGGAUACACAGGGGAAACUUGCAAUGAGAUUCUGGAUGUUUGUAGUCCCAAUCCUUGUAAGCAUGACAGCUACUGUUGCCAAGUCGGGGUACCAGGAUGCCAGCCAAUGUCACCAGGAGAACGUCAGUGCUUCUGCGUGGAUGGAUUCAGCGGCGACCUCUGCGAGAUCGAGAUCGACGCUUGCAUCAGCGCAUCGGAGCCACCGUGUUACAACAACGGGCAGUGCAUCGACAUGUCUCAGGGGUUCCGCUGUGUGUGUCAGACAGGCUUCACGGGCGAUCGCUGCGAGAAUGACAUACCGUGUACACCAGAUCCCUGCGUGAACGGGGCCUGCCAGAUCAUUGGUGCGGGGUACCAGUGCAUCUGUGAAGCCGGUUGGACUGGUCAGAACUGCGAGACUCAGGUCACACCCUGCGACAGCCAGCCCUGUAUUAACGGAGGCCAAUGCUUGUAUUCUGGAAAUCUGUAUACGUGCAUUUGUGGGCAAUUCUUUACCGGCGCCAAUUGUGAGACGCAGAUUACACCCUGUGACAGCAGCCCAUGUCUGAACGGGGGCCUUUGCCGUGUCCAGAGCUCCACUCGAUACGACUGCCUCUGCUUGCAGGGUUACACCGGACUGAGAUGCGAAAGUGAGAUACGACCGUGUGACAGCAAUCCUUGUGUAAACGGCGUCUGCCUGGAGGCAGGCGCUUCCUACAUGUGUAACUGCCCUGCUGGUAUCACGGGUACAAACUGCGAUCAGCCGAUCCUACCAUGCGACGUUCAACCGUGUCUCAAUGGCGGCACCUGUGUCAACAACGGCAACUCAUUCACCUGCAAUUGCAUGGCUGGAUUCACGGGGCAAUACUGCGAGACCACCGUGAUGCCCUGUGAUUCAAACCCAUGUUCGAACAACGGACAGUGUCAGAAUAUUGGCACGUCCUUUAUGUGCUCCUGCGCUCAGGGGUUCACAGGUCAGAUUUGUGAAGCUACCGUCCCGCCGCCUCUACCGUGUGACUCUAACCCUUGUUUUAGUGGGCAGUGCAUGAACAGUGGUGAUAGCUAUUCUUGCUUGUGUGACAAUGGGUUUACGGGCCAGGACUGUGAAAGCACCAUUCCACCACCUCAGCCCUGUGAUUCUAAUCCUUGCUUUAGCGGACAAUGCAUACAUGACGGCAUGACUUAUUCUUGUAUUUGUAGCAGCGGCUUUACUGGUCAAAUGUGUGAAAGCACUGUUCCACCACCCUUACCUUGUGAUUCCAAUCCCUGUUUCAAUGGCCAGCCCUGUGUGAAUGCUGGUGAUUCUUUCACAUGCGUUUGUAGUGAAACUUUCACUGGACAAAACUGUGAAAGCACUGUUCCACCACCAUUACCAUGUGAUUCCAAUCCUUGCUUGAACAACCAGCCCUGUGUGAAUGCUGGUGAUUCUUUCACAUGCGUUUGUAGUGAAACUUUCACUGGACCAAACUGUGAAAGCACUGUUCCACCACCCUUGCCAUGCGAUUCCAAUCCUUGCUUGAAUGGCCAGCCCUGUGAGAACGCUGGUGAUUCUUUCACAUGCGUUUGUAGUGUAACUUUCACUGGACCAAACUGUGAAAGCACUGUUCCACCACCCUUACCAUGCGAUUCCAAUCCUUGCUUGAACAACCAGCCCUGUGUGAAUGCUGGUGAUUCUUUCACAUGCGUUUGUAGUGAAACUUUCACUGGACCAAACUGUGAAAGCACUGUUCCACCACCAUUACCAUGUGAUUCAAAUCCCUGCCUUAAUGGCCAGCCCUGUGUGAAUGCUGGUGAUUCUUUCACAUGCGUUUGUAGUGAAACUUUCACUGGACCAAACUGUGAAAGCACUGUUCCACCACCAUUACCAUGUGAUUCCAAUCCUUGCUUGAACAACCAGCCCUGUGUGAAUGCUGGUGAUUCUUUCACAUGCAUGUGUAGUGAAACUUUCACUGGACCAAACUGUGAAAGCACUGUUCCACCACCAUUACCAUGUGAUUCCAACCCUUGCUUGAAUGGCCAGCCCUGUGAGAACGCUGGUGAAUCUUUCACAUGCGUUUGUAGUGAAACUUUCACUGGACCAAACUGUGAAAGCACUGUUCCACCACCCUUACCAUGUGAUUCCAAUCCUUGCUUGAACAACCAGCCCUGUGUGAAUGCUGGUGAUUCUUUCCUGUGCAUGUGUAGUGAAACUUUCACUGGACCAAACUGUGAAAGCACUGUUCCACCACCCUUACCAUGUGAUUCCAAUCCUUGCUUGAAUGGCCAGCCCUGUGAGAACGCUGGUGAUUCUUUCACAUGCGUUUGUAGUGAAACUUUCACUGGACCAAACUGUGAAAGCACUGUUCCACCACCCUUACCAUGUGAUUCCAAUCCUUGCUUGAACAACCAGCCCUGUGUGAAUGCUGGUGAUUCUUUCACAUGCAUGUGUAGUGAAACUUUCACUGGACCAAACUGUGAAAGCACUGUUCCACCACCAUUACCAUGUGAUUCCAACCCUUGCUUGAACAACCAGCCCUGUGAGAAUGCUGGUGAUUCUUUCACAUGCAUGUGUAGUGAAACUUUCACUGGACCAAACUGUGAAAGCACUGUUCCACCACCCUUACCUUGUGAUUCCAAUCCUUGCUUGAACAACCAGCCCUGUGUGAAUGCUGGUGAUUCUUUCACAUGCAUGUGUAGUGAAACCUUCACUGGACCAAACUGUGAAAGCACUGUUCCGCCACCCUUACCUUGUGAUUCCAAUCCUUGCUUGAACAACCAGCCCUGUGUGAAUGCUGGUGAUUCUUUCACGUGCAUGUGUAGUGAAACUUUCACUGGACCAAACUGUGAAAGCACUGUUCCACCACCAUUACCAUGUGAUUCCAAUCCUUGCUUGAACAACCAGCCCUGUGUGAAUGCUGGUGAUUCUUUCACGUGCAUGUGUAGUGAAACUUUCACUGGACCAAACUGUGAAAGCACUGUUCCACCACCCUUACCAUGUGAUUCCAAUCCUUGCUUGAACAACCAGCCCUGUGUGAAUGCUGGUGAUUCUUUCACAUGCAUGUGUAGUGAAACUUUCACUGGACCAAACUGUGAAAGCACUGUUCCACCACCCUUACCAUGUGAUUCCAAUCCUUGCUUGAACAACCAGCCCUGUGUGAAUGUUGGUGAUUCUUUCACAUGCAUGUGUAGUGAAACUUUCACUGGACCAAACUGUGAAAGCACUGUUCCACCACCAUUACCAUGUGAUUCCAACCCUUGCUUGAACAACCAGCCCUGUGAGAAUGCUGGUGAUUCUUUCACAUGCGUUUGUAGUGAAACUUUCACUGGACCAAACUGUGAAAGCACUGUUCCUCCACCCCAACCCUGUGAUUCCAACCCUUGCUCAAAUGGACAAUGCUUGAACCAGGGGGAUGCUUUCCUGUGUGUUUGUGGCGAUGGUUUUACAGGUCAGUCGUGUGAAUCUACAAUAGCGCCCCCACUACCUUGUUCAAGUAACCCUUGUGUCAACGGGCAGUGCUCCAAUCUGCCGCUCGACUCCUACAGCUGUGACUGUGAGGCUGGUUUUACCGGUCAGAACUGUGACGUCGCGCCCUGUGCCAGUAACCCUUGUGUGAACAACGGUGCCUGCCUGAUCGAACAAGACUCGUACAGAUGUAUCUGCCCCAGUCAAUUCACGGGUGAAAACUGCGAGUUGGAUAUAAUACUUCCCUGUUCCAGUAAUCCUUGCAUCAAUGGUCAGUGUUUCAAUUUCGGAGAUACCUACAGCUGCACGUGUGAUUCGGGUUAUUUCGGACAGAACUGCGACUUGGUCGUGACUCAACCGUGCCAAAGUAACCCUUGUGUCAAUGGUCAGUGCAUUGUCAACCAGCCGGACUCGUACAGUUGCAUUUGCGAAGCGGGGUUCACCGGUACGAACUGCGAGAACGUCGUACUGCAACCUUGCUUCAGCAACCCUUGCCAGGGAAAUGGCCUUUGCUUGAAUCAGCUUAGUUCCUACCUGUGUAUUUGCAACACUGGUUUCAGCGGCCUCAACUGCGAAACGGUGGUUACAGAGCCGUGCUUCAGUAACCCUUGCGUCAACGGUGAUUGUUUCAAUCAAGUUGGUUCUUAUAGAUGCGUCUGCAGAGCAGGCUUUACUGGUCAGAACUGUGACACCGUCAUAGCCCUUCCUUGUAUAAGUAACCCGUGCUUUAAUAGUGGCGAGUGCUUGAACCUCUUGACAGGCUUCAGGUGUAUCUGCACUGCCGGCUUCACUGGGGUGAACUGUGAGAUCCCUGUCGUCCAGCCGUGCUCCAGCAACCCUUGCGUCAGUGGUCAGUGUUUCAACCUUGCGAACGGGUACACGUGUCAGUGUACCAAUGGUUACACCGGUCAGAACUGUGACAUUCCUCCUGUACAACCUUGCGCUAGUAAUCCUUGCGUCAGUGGUCAGUGUUUCAACUUUGCAAACGGGUACACGUGUCAAUGUACCAAUGGCUACACCGGUCAGAACUGUGACAUUCCUCCAGUACAACCUUGCGCCAGUAACCCUUGCAUCAACGGUCAGUGCUCGAACCAGGCGAAUUCUUACACCUGCACUUGCGAUGCCGGCUACUCUGGCAUAAACUGUGAGAUGCCGCCGCCCAGCCCGUGCUCUAGUAACCCGUGCACCAACGGCCAGUGUGUAGAGACGAACAACGCUUACGUAUGUCGGUGUGAUAACGGGUUCACUGGGGAUAACUGCGAGUCCACUGAACCUCCUCCGCUGCCUUGCUUCAGCUCUCCAUGCCUGAAUAACGGAGACUGCCUCAACACAGCUCUUGGUUUUCUUUGUCAGUGUACUGCGGACUUUACCGGGGACAGGUGUGAGAUGGAGGUUGGAGAUCCCUGCGCCAGUCGACCCUGUCUCAACAAUGGGCUGUGCGAGGUGACUGGUGCUGAUGCCUAUCGCUGUCAGUGUCAAGCAGGGUUCGCUGGUGACCUUUGUCAAGAUGACAUCACCUCCUGUGGGGAGGGUGUUUGCUGGAACGACGGCACAUGCUUUGAAGAUUUUAUAGGGCCAUUCUGCAUUUGCCCAGCGGGUUUCUCUGGGUUUUGGUGUGAGUUGACUCCCGGUGUGUGCUUCCCUGUUAACCCAUGCCAGAAUGAUGGAAUCUGCUGGAAUCAGAACGGCCAAGUUUACUGUGAUUGUAAGAGUGGUUUCUCUGGUCAGUUUUGCUUGGCCGUCACACAGGGAUGUGAACCCAACCCCUGUAUAAAUGGAGACUGUAUCGAAGACAGCAGGGGGAACUUCCUGUGCAGGUGUCCUCCGGGUUACACAGGUGAUCUCUGCGAGGUCGUUGACCCCUGCUCAUCCCGGCCUUGUCAGAAUGGAGCGACGUGCAUCUCAACCAGUACGGCAUUUACCUGCGACUGUCUGCCGGGCUUCACCGGUGUGACAUGUCAGAUUGUGGGUCCUGCCUGCGCAAGCCAACCGUGCUUGAAUGGCGCACAGUGCAUGCUGAACAUGGAUGGGUCUUAUUCAUGUUUCUGUGUGCCAGGUUAUGUGGGUGACCGAUGUGAGAUUACCAUUGACGAGUGUUUGAGUAAUCCCUGUAGGAAUGGAGGCAUGUGCGACGAUCAAGUCAACGGUUACACGUGUCAAUGUGCUUUAGGCUACAGUGGAACCUUCUGUGAGAUAUCAGAUGGAUGCUCCUCCUUCCCGUGUGUAAACGGAGCAGCCUGUUUGAACACCCCUAAUCCAGCCUAUGGAACGACCUACACCUGUUCUUGCACGGCCAAUUUCAUAGGUGCCAAUUGCGAGACGGUGGAUUUCUGCGCGGCAGGUCCCUGCCCUCUCAACGUGCCGUGUUCCAACAUCGGGAACUCCUUCCAGUGUGAUUACUGCUCAAGUAAUCCAUGUCUGAACGGAGGAGUGUGUUCCAACGAUCCUUCCUCAGCCCAGGGUUUCACCUGUUCCUGCCUCAGCGGGUUCAUGGGACCUCUUUGUGAUGUGGCAGUCAUGGCCUGUACGCCAACUACAUGCAUCAAUGGUGGAGUCUGCAAUAAUGUGUUGAACGGAUUCCGCUGUAGCUGCAACUCACCGUACACGGGUCAGCGAUGUGAAGCCAGUGUCUGUGACAGUAUACAGUGUGAGGCAGGGGCAGUCUGCGAACCCCUGUCUAUUACCCAGUUUGUAUGUAGGUGUCCGUUUGGUACGACCGGGGAGCUUUGUGACCAGAGUAUAUCGAUAUCCGUGCCGUCAUUUGGAGUGAACAGUCACCAGCAGUACAGUCAUACAUUCAACGGGCUGCUCAGGAUGGAACUAUCAACUCGCUCCGCCAACCUGGAUGGUAUGGUCCUCUAUGCUGUCUCUACAUUUACCCCAGCUUACUUGGCGGUUUUAUUCAGCGCUGGCCGUGUGGUCCUCAGCCUGCAGGAUCUGAGUGGCUUAGUCACAACAAUUUCAAGUCGGCAAGAUACGUACAGCGACGGUGGAUUCCACGUGAUUACAGUCAACCAAGCUGUGCAGAGUCUUGUGUUAACGGUAGACGGGAGUGACACCACAACGCUGGGGUUCUCAGGAAAUCUGAUCACAGGGCUAAGUAACGUCUACAUUGGAGGAAUACCACUGGGUAUGGUUCAACCAGCUACCUUCCCCACCAGGAAUCUGAACGGAUGCAUUCGGGAUCUACAGCUCGGAGUCAGUUCCUUCGAUCUCGUCCGCGAUUUUAUCGUCGCUGAAAACGUCGAGAAUUGCUUCAUUGCUGCCUGCGAUAAUGUGGACUGCAACGGGCAAGGGACUUGCGUGGAAUUGAGUGGUAGUGAUUAUCAGUGUAGUUGUGACGUAGGGUAUGGAGGCAAAGAUUGUCAGCUCCCUGUCUGUCUCUCUACCUCCUGUCAACAUGGCGGUACAUGCAUCCUACAAUUCGGCGAGACGACCUGUAGAUGUCCACUCGGCUAUGCUGGACCCGUCUGCGAAACAGCGGUGCGUUUCAACAUUCCCCAUUUCACCAGUGCAUCGUACAUCAAGUACGCUCUGCCACCGCUCCAGCCGGUACUCAGCACCCUAUCCAUUGCCAUGGAGUUCAGAGCAGAGGAACCGGCAGGUCUUCUGCUGUACGCAACGCAGGAGAACAUACAGGGGGAUUUCUUCUCUCUGUCGCUCACGGACAGUAGGGUGGAGUUUGAAUACAACCUUGGUAUCGACACGGUGCGAAUAAUCAGUGAUCCUGUGGCCCUCAAUAGUUGGGUGACAGUUAACGUACAGAGAGAUGGCAGAUCAAGUCAGAUGACUGUCUCAGGUCAAAGCACAAAAAGUGGAACCUCAUCUGGUCAGCUCUCUUCACUCAAUGUCCAACCAGAGGUAUUUGUUGGUGGCAUGGACGACUUGACCCCUGCGACCUUGAGGUCAGGGGUCAAUGUAGGAUUCACUGGGUGUAUUCUGUCUCUGACCAUACAAGGGUUUUCGUACAGCUUUAACCAAUCAGAGGCCUUGCGUGGAGCGAACGUGGCUCAGUGUGACGAGAACCUCUGCGAUGCGCUUCCCUGCAUGAACAGCGCCAUCUGUGUUCCAUCUCCAGGCUCGUACACGUGUCAGUGUCCAGUCGGUUUCCACGGCAGCAAUUGUGAACUUUCUCACGACGGUUGUUUUGAGAAUACACGGUGUGCUAGCGGCUCCACUUGUGUACCUGUUGGGACGAGCUUUCGCUGCUCGUGUCCGUUCGAUAAGACUGGAGAUCUCUGUGAAACCAAUCAGGAUCUCUCCGACCUGAGUCCCAGUUUCACCGGUGCCUCUCACUUGACCUUUGACCCGGUGAGGUCAGCGAUUCUACAGACCAGUAUCAGUUUGACAUUUCGACCAACGGCCAGCGACGGACUCCUGAUCUACAUGGGGGAGAAUUCUCCGAUGGGAAACUUCCUGGCGCUGGGCAUGCUGGGGAGUAUGGUACAGAUGAGAUAUAAUCUAGGUGACAUCACGGUAGUUCUAAGCACCCAGCCGAUCACCUUAAACCAGUGGCACACUGCAUCACUCCAGCGUAAUGGUCACUCGGCCGACUUGUUUGUAGAUGACCAAGUGGACACGUACCAGGGUAGCGGUGUGGACACCCUGACCAUCACUGGACCGUUGUAUGUCGGCGGGACGCCAGACUUCGGCCAGUUGCAUCUAGAGACGGGUUUCUUCAUUGGUUUCCAAGGGUGCAUGCAGGAUUUACAGGUUGGAGGGACCGUAGCUUCACCUAUCCUAUGGCAGACUGCUAUAAGUGGUGUGGACAUUGGCCAGUGCGUUAACAGCCCAUGUUCCCCUAACCCUUGCCAGCGUAAUGGUCAGUGCCGUGUCAUCAAUGAUGACACGUUUGGAUGUAGCUGUCCAGUAGGAUGGACGGGGUCAACGUGUCAAAUAGCAACGAGCGUCACCAUCCCGUCCUUCAGUCCGCCAUCUUACCAAGCCCACUCAUUCAUUCUCAUCCCGGCCUCGUCCACCAUGAUCCGUAUGGAGUUCAAACCAGCGGGUACCAGUGGAGUCCUACUGUGGAAUGCUGACAGCAACGACUUCAUUGGGAUCGGUCUGGUCAAUAGCUAUGUACACUUCACCUUUGACCUGGGCUCAGGCCAAGCCAACAUCAUCAGCAACACCCCUGUGAGGAUCGACGAGUGGCACGAGAUUUACGCCGUGCGAGAUUCAAGCGGAGGCCAGCUGAAACUGGACAACGAGCUAGGCAUGGCUACCGGUCAGUCACUAGGUCCAAACAACAGAUUGAGUGCUGGUAACCUUACCUACAUCGGAGGUGUGGGCCAAGGUGUCGUCAUACCAAGCAGGGCUGGUAUCACUGGAGGGUUUUCUGGUUGCAUCCGGCGUCUGGAGAUCAACGGCCAGCAACAGGCUUUGGAUCAACCGUCCCUAGGAUUAGGAUUAUCCCAAUGUCAGGAUACCAGUCCCUGUAAUCUCAACAAUGCUUGCAUCAAUGGAGCAACGUGCGCUGAUGAUGCUGUAGAUGCUAAGGGUUACCGAUGUAACUGUGCACCGGGGUUCUCCGGUGACUUCUGUGAGAUCACACCGUGCGAGUCUCUCCCCUCAUCCAGACAGUGCCAAAAUGGCGGCACAUGUUACCAUGACAACAAUGGAGUCGCUAUCUGUCUGUGCACUUUCAGGUUUAUUGGAUUGACGUGCUCAGAUGCACUCAGUUAUUCCACACCGCAGUUCAUGGGACGCAGUUAUCUAGAAUUCUCACCUGAGAUUAUUGCAAGUGAUUUCUCGUCCAACGAAUUCACCCUCAUGUUCCGAACGAGCAGGCCCUCGUCUGACUCCCUGCUCUUGUGGUACGGGGCCAGCACCAACGACGACUUCAUAGCCCUUGGGGUCAAGAAUCAGAGGUUGGAGUUUCGCUAUGAGCUCGGCGACGGAGUAGGGUCGGUCACGGCCAAUAAUAUAGCGAUCAACACUAAUAUGUGGUAUGAUGUAAGAGUCACAAGGUUGGGUAGGACAGUUACCAUGACGAUACAAGAUUUACAGGGAAAUCAACAGACGGUUAACUCGCAGAGUCCCGGUUCCCAGACAGGACUCAAUGCAUUCGGCAGCUUGCUUUAUCUAGGUGGGCAUCCCAAUGAUGUUCAGCAGCUGACUGGUGGUUACUUCGAUCAAGGCCUCGUCGGUUGCAUCGGUCAGUUUGCAACGGCCAUCAAUCCAGGCAGUCAGACAUUACCUGCUGUCAACCUCCAAGCUGACCCGAUGGGCGGAGCGGGGAUAACAACAUGUUCGUAACACAGCCUCUGUAAAUCAGCUCGUGGAAAAAUUCGGAUAACAUUUAGAUAUCAGAGGGACAUCGAUUGAAGAGCUGCCAAUAAAUAAGCCUUUUAAAAAAGAAAAUGAUGGAAACUGGUUUUUGAAAUUUAGAAAUCAGCGGUUCAAGCGACUGAAAAGCGGCUGCGAUACAGAACAUUUUGAGGUGUUUUUCGCGCGGAAGGUGGUUUUUGAAAUGUUGAUACAAACUGAAAUCUAUUCCAGACCUGUAAACUGUUUCAAAUUCAAGGGUGAAUGUCCUGCCAAUAUAGAUGUCUUUUAAAAGAAACUGACGGAAACUGGUUUUUGAAAUGUUGAUACACUCUGAAAUACUUUCCAGACCUGUAAACCGUUUUAAAUUCAAGGGUGAAUGAACUCCGGAAAUGGCAAAUGGUUCAACGAAUUUAAAAGAAACGCUUAAGCCCUCAUUUCCGUCCUUUUUUACUAAUUAACUUGUCAAACAAAGUCAUAAUUCUAAAUAUUUGAAAAACAAGCAAUUGUUGAGAACAAAUUCUACCAAAUACACAAGGGAGAUGCCUUCCUUCUGAUGAUAAAUAAAAAAUGCAUACACUUUCAUUGUGGGGGGAGAUUUUGUUCGUUUUGAGAUUUUUUCAAUACAUUCAUGGCUGCCUUUAUAGUGUAUGUGGAUGAAAGUCUGUAGUGUCGUUGGCUUUUGUUGUUUUAUCGGUCGGAGUGUGCAUUUGCUGCAGAAUCCAUCAGAGUUGGUUCUCUGAAGGUCACUUAAGGACUAAUUUGCUUAGCAAGGAAAAUGUUUGCGCUUAGCAAGGAAAAUGUUUGUGCUUAAUUUGUUGAUUGACCUUAAUUUGCCAAGCGUCAUCAACAAUCUGUAGUUAAAGUGUGCUGUUGCAGUAAAUUUUUAGGUCAUUUUCAUUUUUCCGUCCUUAAAACAGUGUGCCUUUAUUGCCUUCUAUCUAUAUUAUGAGAUGUCUUUUACUCUUGUCCAAGUCUGCUCCCAAAUGGGGGUUUGUGCCUCGUUUGGGUGAUGUUCUCCAAAAGGGUAUAUAAGUUGCCCAAUUGGGUGUAUCCCAUAUCGGGUAUAUAACUAGGCAUGAUAAUAUACCUACUUUAGUCUGAUUUACUUUUCUUUUUUUUUACCAUGG